AUGGGCAAGUACUACUGCGACUACUGCGACGUCUUCCUCACGCACGACAGCUCGUCAGUGAGGCGAGCGCACAACUCGGGCCGGAACCACCUCUCGAACGUUCGCGACUACUUCGCCAACCUCGGCAGCGAGCGCGCACAAGAGCUCAUCGACGAGAUCUGCCGCAAGUACGAGGGCGGCGGAGGAGGCCAGGCCCGCAUCCUCCAGAUGGGCGCCAACGGUCUGCCUGCCUCGAUGGGCAACCUCGCCUUCGUCGCUCCCGGAGCGGGCGCACCGCCGCCCGGUGUCGGUGGAGGAGGUGGAGGAGGCGCUCCCCCGAGUGCGUCCCGCUCUCCUUCUUUCCCUCUCUUCGCGACGAGCGCCUCUCACUGA